UCGAGCUACUUCAAAAAAAACUCGUUUCACUAUUUUGUCUGUUGCUUCGCGUAAACAACAAGAAAUCAAAAAAUGUCAGGACGUGGUAAAGGAGGUAAAGCUAAAGCCAAGGCAAAGACACGAUCUUUCAGAGCCGGACUUCAGUUUCCCGUUGGUCGCGUUCAUCGAUUUUUACGCAAAGGCCACUACGCCAACCGAAUCGGAUCAGGCGCUCCAGUUUACUUGGCUGCUGUUUUGGAGUACCUAUCCGCUGAAAUUUUGGAGUUGGCUGGUAACGCUGCCCGAGACAACAAGAAAGCCAGGAUUGUUCCUCGUCACUUACAGCUCGCUGUUCGCAACGACGAGGAGCUGAACAAACUGUUGUCGGGUGUAACCAUUGCAAGCGGUGGUGUGCUGCCAAACAUUCAAGCCGUUUUGCUGCCCAAGAAGAACGAAAAACUUCCAAAACCAGCAGCAGCCAAGUAAACAGCGGUGCUGCGCGAGCACGCUCUAAAACAAAAGGCUAUUUUCAUAGCCACUGAUCCGCCUCUGGGUAACUUACAACGUUUGUUUUUUCGUUUUAUGAAAUUUUUAAUUUCUGCGCCUUUUGCAAUAUUAAAAUGCGUCGCGCUAACAUCAUCUGUCGUUUUUGCAGAAAACAAGCGAUUUUUUUGUUUGUUUGUUUGUUUUCCUAAUAAGUUUUCUUUUUUUUUGUUCUUAUCUGCUUAAGUCGUAGUUUAAAAUCAUGCCAAAAUUUCAGUGUACAGUAUAGCUUUAAUCGUGUCUAUCUCGAAAAUAAGUAAUAAAGAAUAGUUGUAACUGCUUAAGAU